CUGUGUGUCUUCCAUGCUUGGACUCUGGGUGUGGACUCCAAGAUGGUAAGAGGAUCUCAAUCUGUAACAUAGAACUAGAAGAUUACUUCUGGAAGUGUUUUAGCACAUAGGCCUUUUCAGCAUUGCUCACUAUCCAGCAUCAACUUCUGUUUGUUCUGUAGAACUAUAGGAUUUUGAGAUGAGAACCUUGUUAUGAAAGGGUAUUACCAGCAUAUGGUGGUGCUAUAAUUCAUCUGUGAACAAGAUCACUACAGUUAAACGUUUUCAUAAACCAUUCCUCUUGUUUUUUGGGCUGUUUUUCCCCUCCUUAUUCUCUGAAGGUUCAUCUCCGUCGGCCCGGUCUCAAUUCCCUCAAACCCUUAGACAUGGUCCUUAACUGUGUUGACGACAUGUAUAAUGGCUGCACUGAACAAAUGCACAACAAGGUGCAGAAGGAAUAUCUGAAACAUGAAAUUAGAAAUGUAGGGAUCUUCAAACAAGCCUGGAUGAAGGCAGAAGGAUGUGCAAAAAAUGUGAAGCAACGAUUCCAAAAGGACAAGUCCAAGUACAAUUCUAAAGACAAACUUACACAUGAUCAUAUCAAGGCUAUCUGUGCUUACUCAGGAGGUCAAACUAAGAUAUACCCAGUGUUCAACCAAGCAGUCCGGACCAAUAGAACAGAGUACACAACCUCCUUCCAGUUCCACUCCCUGCAUUUCCUGCUGACUGAUGCUCUCCGCCUCCUGAAAGAAAACCAACAGGGCUGUCACACCACAUACCGGAGAACCAACAUGGAGUUUGGCGGUAAAGUUAACCAACUAAUCAGAUUUGGCUUCUUUGCCUCGAGCUCUCUUGACAAGGGAAUUAGUCAAUCAUUUGGAGAGAAGUCCUGCUUUGAGAUAAAGACAUGUGCAGGAGCUUAUCUCAAGUCCUACCCAGUGUUGGGAGAACAGGAGAAGGAGGUGUUGAUACCACCUUUUGAGAUGUUCAAAAUUACCAAACAGGAAAAAGGCCAGAAUGUUCUUAACUGUAAAUCUCUCUUCAAACUGGAGAGUGUAGGGUUCCAGUACAAUCUGAAUUGUAAAGCUGUUUAGGAAAAUACAGCAGUCGAACUGUCUGUUAGUCAAUGAACCUCUCUCUCAUUCAGAGAGUGAAACGAAACAGGCUGGGUUGCUUUUGCUUGGUUGUUCCCUGUGGAUUCUCCCAUCAUUGUAGACCUAUGUUAUAUACUGUAUAUUCACAUUGUUCUUCUUCUGCCAGGUCCUUAGCUCCAUAAUGUAAUGCCCACACAGGGAGAAAUCUAAUAUAGAAAUCCUGCUACCAGCAACUUCAUCAUAGGUUAUAUACACACAUGGGUUCAAAUACUAUUUGAAACAUUUUCAAAUACUUUAGCUGCAUUUAAUUCAGCUUGCCUAUUGCAAUGGAACCAAUAGAACAGUCUACAAAGUGCAAACGCUGCCCAUCUGGCACUCCAGGCAGGUUAAAUAAAACGCUCCAAGUAUUUGAAAGAUUUAAAACUGUAUUUGAACCCCGGUCUGGUCAUACAUAGCAUUUACUGUAACUAUAUUUACUGUAGCAUUAACUGUAACUAUAUUUGCUGUAGCAUUUACUGUAACUACAUGUACUGUAGCAUUUACUGUAACAAUUUGUACUGUAGCAUUUAUUGUAACUCUAUUUACUGUAUACUUUACUGUAACUGUAAUUACUGUAGUAUUUACUGUGACUAUAUGUACUGUUGUCACGUCCUGACCAGUAAAAGGGUUAAUUUGGCAUUGUAGUAUGGUCAGGGCGU